AUGGAAGAGCUACGAGGAGGCGACUGCCCGCUGGUGGUGGAGCAGUGGAAGUGUGAGAGACGGAAGUUCACGACCACUCCCCGCCCCACCCCUCAGGUGGAGCUGUCCGCGGUGCUGGAUGCGGGCGGCCCCACUCUGGCGGGGCUGCUGUCCCGCGCGCAGGAGCUCGUGUCCCGCCUGCAGGCGCUCCGACUCGACCGCCGCGAGCUCGUGUGCCUCAAGUUCCUGCUGCUCUUCGGCAACGACGUGAAACCCCUGGAGAACCCCCGGCUGGUGGAGCAGGUGCAGGAGCAAGUAAACUCGGCUCUGCUCGAGUACACCUUGCGCUGCGGAAGCUCGAACCAUCACCACGCCCAUCACCACGCCCAUCACCACGCCCAUCACCACGCCCAUCACCACGCCCAUCACCACGCCCAUCACCAUCCCCACCAUCACCCCCAUCUUCAGCAGCAAGGGCAACAGCAAGCCGGAGACCGAUUCGGACAGCUGCUGCUUAGAUUGCCCGAGAUGAGGGCCCUGAGCGCACAAGCCGAGGAAUACCUCUACUGCAAGCACUUACACGGGGAGGUGCCCUGCAACAACCUCCUGCUGGAGAUGCUGCACGCCAAGAGGGUGGGGUAGCGGGCGGGGGUGUUAUAGACUGAGGGGG